CAACUGCUAAAGACUAUAGAGCAGAACCACACGUUCAAACCGACCUAGCAGAAGGAACACAUAACAAGGGUUUAGCUACAAAAGAUGAAAGAAAGAUUAAAUUUGCACAAAGCAGAAGACUUGCUAUUCAUAGUAGUCGCAUUUGUAGCUUUCUAUGGGCUAGCCCAGUUAGGGGAGCUCCUACUCAAUUACCAAGAACAAAGAUUCACAAAAUAACGGAACGCCCAAUGUUAAUCAUCAACGCAACCAAGAAUGAAACAUGCCCAAUCUGUGUACUCAAAGCGUAUAACAUCCGUAGGACCGACCCAAAAUACACUUCAGGAGAAAGAAUCUUAUUCAUAAAAGCUGACGGUA